UAUCGCUUAUCUGAUAAUCAGUCGCUUUCUUGGUUUACAACACUGCGUAGAAGUACCAAGUUAGAGAGCCCGCUGUAGGCCUUCGCAUAUAGCUGCGAUACCCGGUAGUUGUCGUAUGCCAACGACUCUCAGUCUGCGUGGUCUAACAAAGUCCGCUUGUUGAUUUGAUUAUUAUUGUUUUUGAGAAUUCUCGAUGGGUAAUAAACCUCACAAAGCAGCCGAGGCAAAGGAGAAUGUGCCCACCAGGACAAAGGAGGAGAGUAAGAAUGGAGUAGAUAGGAGGGACAAGGAAGGAAAUGGAUGGACAAAGGAGAAUGGAGAUGUAGAGACAAUAGAGGAGAUUGGCAGUAUGAUUGAGUAUCGCUAUGAAAACGUGGACUGUAUCGGCAGAGGACCAUAUGGCAUGGUUUAUAGAGCCAAAAUCAUUUACGACGGCACUCGUACGGGCCCCAAAUUUGUAGCCGUCAAAUUAGUACAUAUUGGGAUCCAUUCCCCGAACGCUACGGAUCCGGAUACCUGGAUGACUGCCGUGAAAAGACUGAGAGUUCUUACGAAACUGGCGCACGAAAAUCUUGUAGUUUAUCACAAGGUUUCCAUUUUCAAAGCGCUCGGCGGAACGGCCGUUGAACUGGCAAUGGAAUACCAUAACGGUGAUCUGACUUCCUUUUUGACGGGGACCAGGAAGCACCUCUUGAACAGCUGGGGAAAUGUGUUUCGGUUCGCAAUAGAUAUUACCAGGGGAGUGGAGUUCUUGCAUCGGAAUGGCAUAACUCACGGGAAUUUGAAGCCUGAAAAUGUACUGCUAAGCAUUUCGCAAAGUGGUAGCGAAAAGCUGGUCAUCGGUGAUUCAGACGAUCUACUGCAAAUGGUGCACAGCACCAAUUCCUCUCGGUGCAAUCUCCGGGUGCACGGCACAACGCGCUACAUGUCACCCGAAAUGCUACGAAAGUACUUCCAAUGGGAUGAACAGCCUCCAGGACGGGAAACGGAUGUGUGGAGUUUGGGUUGCAUAAUUCUGGAGAUAGCUGAAACGAUGAAGCGUGAACCGACCAAGCGACUGGUUAUAAACGGGGUCAUUAAAGAUGUCACAAGCGGUCUGGACAAUUCUAUGUUCGCAUUCCUGAUUAUCGAGGGAUACGUUCCGUUUGUGAGCGGGAACAUCACCCAGAACUUGGCGGGCAUCAUCCGGCAGUGUUUGGAUAGAAAUAGUGAAAAGCGCUUGUCUGCUGUGAAAAUACUGCAUUGGCUGCAGACAAAAGAAGACUAUUACUUCUAGCGUCAUCGAAAGAAACACACGUGGAACCUGGAGACGCGAACGGCUUGCCGCUUGCGGAAGCAGAAUCUUCUGCUGACGCAGAACUGCCAUCUCCAAGCAGCUUUGCAAAUGAUGGAGAUGAAGCUUCUGUCCGCGAAGGAGGCACGCUGUUCGUGGACGUUGAACCUGGCAUCGAUGCAAGCAACAGUGCAAAUCUAGAGCAGGCAUCGAAGAAUUCGAGCAACAACAUCUUUCCAACAGUUGAACUGACAUAAGGCUGCUAUUUUUGCGAUGACGAAAGCAAAGACGAUUUUUUUGUUUACUGGUCAACAUGAGAUCUCGAAACCCGUUCAAGAUAGGCACAGCCCUGAACUGCGAUGGGGUCAGCUAUAUUUCGGUCAACCGCUUUUAUUAACAGAUGGUGGUCCAUCUGGAGUUUUAAUGAUGUACACAUUACGUUUAUGUAUACUGAAAACUUAAUACGCAAGUGUUUAAAUUUCCCUAUUUCGAAUGUUCCAUGUGUUUUUGGGAACAAAAACGAUUGACCGAAACGAAUAACGAACAGUUGUAAUUGUCGCCUGCCAGA